UAGUCGGCAACAGGUUUGCACUUAGACGGUAUAACUCGGCCACCCGAGAGCUCAAGAUUAUGAACAACGAGCCUUUGGUUUUGGUAGCGUGUAUAUUAUUCAUCUGCAUCGAAGUUUUACAAGAUAACCGGGACGGAGCCAUGCAGCAUUGCAAGCGCGGAGUCUGCAUUCUGAACAACAUUGAGGCUGCCUUUCCAUGGAGAAAAGAAUAUCUCUCUCCAAUCUUCCGUCGGCUAACUCUAAUUAUAUCCGUCCUUCUUCUCAAUGGGUCAAACGGACUGCAUUAAAUUUCUUAUCCUAGAAGACCGGGUUCUACAGGAGGACAGUAGAAUUCGAUAUACACAUUCAAACAAUGCUCGGAUUCAUUCCACUCUAGCGUGUAAUUAGUUGAAAAUGGAGUAAUAUAUUAAAAUACAAAUAAUACACAUAAGGGUCGUUUAGUAAAAAAU